CAGCCCCGAACCGCGGCGGGUCCGCCGCCCGCGCCCGCCAUGUCAGCUCCCGGGACCCUCAGCAAUUACUACGUGGACUCCUUCCUGGUGCCGGAGGGGGAAGAGCUGGCGGCGGCCCGCUACGCCCCUGCCCCGCUGGGGCCGCCACCGCCCCCGCCGCGGCCGGCGGCGCUGGCCGAGCACCCCGAGCUGGCCCCCUGCAGCUUCCAGCCCAAGGCGCCUGUCUUCGGCCCCCCUUGGAGCCCCGCGCACCCCGCCGGCGCCAGCGGCGUUCCCGCCGUCUACCACCCCUACGCGCACCACCAGGCGCCCGUGGCACCGCCCGACGGCAGGUACAUGCGUUCGUGGCUUGAGCCUGUACCGGGCUCCUUGUCUUUCCCCGGGUUACCUACCGGCAGGCAUUACGGCAUUAAACCUGAACCGCUGGCGGCCAGGAGGGCUGACUGUACCACGUUUGACACUCACACUUUGUCUCUCUCUGAUUAUGCUUGUGGUUCUCCUCCAGUUGAUAGGGAUAAGCAAAGCCACGAAGGCGCAUUCUCUGAAAGCAAUGGAGAAAGUGAGGCAAACGGAGAGAAACCGCAGAUCGAUCCAAAUAAUCCAGCUGCAAACUGGCUCCACGCAAGGUCCACCCGGAAAAAGCGAUGCCCUUACACCAAGCAUCAGACGCUGGAACUGGAGAAGGAGUUUCUGUUCAAUAUGUAUCUCACCAGGGACCGUAGAUACGAGGUGGCCAGACUUCUCAAUUUAACUGAGAGACAAGUGAAAAUCUGGUUUCAGAACAGGAGGAUGAAAAUGAAGAAAAUCAACAAAGAUCGAGCAAAGGAUGAAUGACGGCGAGCACGGGUUAAACUGAAAAUGCAUAAAGUUAAAAAAAAAAAAAAAAAGAAAAGGAAAACAAGAGAAAAACGUUAAAAACAACACAAAAAAAUUCCUCCCCUCGAGCCCUGCCAUGCAAUGCGUCUGGGUCCAGGCCUCAUUUUUUUCCCUUGACAAAUUCUGAGUAUGCUUGUACCUUGCUUGUCACAGAGGCCAGUUUGCCAGGAGAGGUACAGUAAGACUUUUAAUUUUCUAAUAGGAAAGAAAAAGGGGGCAUUAGCACGAGAAGGCUGUUUAGCUGGCUUGUAUAAAUCUACCUGUUUCUUCACUUGUGGAAUGAAAAAAAAAAGAAAAAAGAAAAAAACUACCUUUUCAUAAUGCACAACUAUUUACAGACUGUGUAGUUUAGUCUACGUAGUUAAUUUUAUUCGCUCUUUGCGAGGCAGAGAUCUCUGCUCUAAUACUUGAACACUGUGUUUUAUUGUGGUAAUUAUGUUUGUGACUCAAUUUAUGUGCUUGGGUGCUGUACCGGAUGUAAUGUUGUAAGCUAGAAUUCAAUUUGA